AAAUCCUGAUUGAAUGAGAGGUGAAAUACAAAACUAGCCCAUGCAGUGAGGUCGACUUAGACGUUAAAUCUCAAUUUUCUAUGGGAUGAAAACGGAAAAGCAAUCUCCGUCCCACCCCUAAUUGAACUAGUGCUUUUAGACAACGUGUCGUGAGAUCUCCUUGUAUCCUAAACAGAUGUGGUUUCACUUUUCAGAUAUAAAGUGAAAAAUCUCAACCGUCCGAUCGUCAUAUAAACGCUUCAGUUUUUGACUGGUGGUGCUGCUCUCCUCCUCCAGCAGCCAUUUGAGAGAGAGAGAGAGCUUUGACGCCCGUUUUCGACAUCAUCUUCUGAUAUACCCAAUAACGACCACUGGCGACUGGGAACCUCGCGGAAAUCGCGGGGGCGAAGGGGUGCGACGAACCUGACUCUGCUUUCAUCCUUUCCUGGUCGUUUUCGUCGUCGAUUCAUUCAUUUCGCACUGCCGCAGAACCCAAUGGGCCCCUGUUCCGCCAAAAGAGAGAAGUUCCUAGGCACGUGAUCUGUGGCGGAACGCUCUUCUUGGCGUUGCGAAUGCAUGGCAAGUCUCUGUUAAAUAUCCGGCUGCGCCUCCAGAGACUAUCCAACACUCGCUGGUGAUGUGGCGGCAACCACUGUGGCAACAGUUUCUCCUUGUUGUUUUCCCAUUCUUUCUCGGCAGUAGUUCCUUCUACUACAAAAAUAUAUCAGGUACCAAGUGAUGGAGAUGUUAUGAUGGCGAAGAGAAAGGCUGAAGAGCAUAUUGAAUUAGAAGGGAAAAGGAAAAAGAAAAACAAAUUGGUUACUCCUCGUCCUGCUUGCUCAUGGGUGCAUUUUAGCCGAGAGUUUAUCAAGGAGUACAGUGUUUCACAUCCUGAGUCCUCUGGCCUUAAAGCUGCCACAAAGGCAGCAUCAGAUGCUUGGAAGUUAAUGAGCUUGGAGGAGAAAGCAAAAUAUACUAGGCGUGCUCGUGAAGUAUGGGAUAAUUACUUGAGUACGGCUCCUGCUCGUGCCCCCAAGCCAAGGAAACAGACUAAGCUAGUCACAAGAUGCUCUCCUGGCCGCUUAUUUAAUGUGCUGCAGUGCCUUACCACAGAACAAAAGGAUGCAGUGAAAAGCAUGGGAUUUGGCAGCCUUCUUGGCCUAAGAUGCCGAACACUGCGCCGAAGCUUAUGCCUUUGGCUAUUGCAGAGAUUUGAUACUUCAGGCCGUAGCUUGGAGAUUCGUGGGGAGCGCAUUCCUAUAUCCCCAAAAGAUGUGGAGUUUGUGAUGGGAUUGGCAGCUAGUGGGAAGGAUGUUGUUAACUCAGGGCCUGAUGAUUUAAUUGCUGGCCUACGUCGAAGCUAUAAUGCUACAAAUCGUGGGAUUUCAGUACGCCUUCUGGAAGAGCGGUUGAAAGCUCCAGAAGCAGGAGAGGAAUUUAAGAGAUCAUUUGUCCUCUAUGCGUUGGGCACUCUUUUAUCCCCAACAGCAAGGCUGGAUGUUAGUCCGUCGUUUCUCCACUUUCUGACAAAUAUGGAUGUCAUCCAUCAAUAUAAUUGGGGAAACUUCUUACUUGACCGUCUAGUUCGGGAGGUAUCUCGCUUUCGCCAAGGGAAGCAACGUGCGGUUGGUGGCUGUCUUUUGUUUCUUCAGCUCUUUUAUUAUGAGAGCAUCUCAAUUGUGGGACCUGGUGCUUUAGUCCCUACACCGAUGCCAUGUUUAUCUUCAUGGGGUGAGGAGGAGAUUACUGAAAGAGAAAAACGAGAAAGAGACCUUGGUGGCUAUGGUUUUGGAGAGGUGAUAUUUAAGGAUAGAUGCACUAAUAUGGAGUCAUCAGAGUAUAGGAGCCAUAUAGAUUGCUUACCAACAGGGAAAACAAGCACUGGGGUUGCACAUGGCUCUGUCUUUGAACAGGAAGGAGACAAGAUAGACGCGCCAAACAAUCUCAUAAGUAGCGGUCUAGUGUGCAGAGAAAUUGAUGUGGUUACUGAAUCAGCUGGAACACCAUGCCAAAACAAGGAGUAUGGAUGUAAUGGAAUUCUGGAUUAUAACAAUGAUCAUGAAGAAACAUGCAUCUUUUCACCUUGUGCUUGCCCUCUUCUGAACUGUAACUUCAUUGGCUCAUCUGAGCAAUUGUCAUUACACUUCAGCAGUAAACAUUGGGAUUCUGGAAGGCGCUUCAGAUACAACAGUCCUUUGUCGGUCUCCUUGGGGAUGAAUGAACAAUUCCUUGUUCUUCAAGCAGAAGUAGAUGGUGUUCUUUUUCUCCUCAGCAAGGGCGUUGAGAGUAUCGGGAAUACAAUCACAAUAACUUGUAUUGGGCCAAGCUCAUCAAAGGAAAAGUUCUUGUAUGAUAUUGUAGCAGGUAGAGGAGUCAGCUCUCUUAGAUUAAAAUCAUUGACCGAGUAUUUUCCAGGAAGGGUGGAAGGUUUUCCACCUAUGGAUUUUCUUUUGAUUCCUUUUCGUUUCCUUGGUUAUUCUGGACUGCUUGAGUUAGAGGUUUGUAUAUGGAAUUCAACAGAACUCGGUGCAGAUUGUUCUUAGUUGAUUUUAGAAUUAUUCAUUGUAAAUUAUUUAGAUUAAAUAUUUAACUGUGUCCGCGCUGUAAUUGAUUUUGCGUGAUUUUUGAUUUAAAAAUUUGAUUUAAAAGGUUAUAAA